CGGGGCUUCCUUCUCACCGUCAGAUUCAUAGACGGCAUUUAGAAACGGCAUGUGGAAAGGAAAUCGAAAGUCUUUUUUAAAGCAGCGAUGGCGACUGCUUACGAUUCUGCUGAUGAUUUGAGUGGGAGUGAUAUUUAUCAGUCUGAGCCUGACAGUGACACAUACUCGAUUGACAGUGACAAAAACUCGAUUGACAGUGAUGACAGAAAUCAGGGUAAGGACAUAAAACCCUGCAAAUAUUACAAUAAAGGUUACUGCAAGAAUGGGAAAGCCUGCUCCUACUCGCACAUCUGCAAGUAUUUUGUAAAAGGAAACUGCCGCUACGGAUCCAAAUGUAGACUUAACCACACUGUUGGUGGCGGGGCUCCUUCUGGAAAAAGCAGAUCUCAAAGUGAACCAACAAGCUGUCCAAAACUUACUGACGGCCGAUACUACCAGUGGCAGCUAAAUGGUGGAAAUGGUUGGAAAGACAUUGAAAAUGAUCACAUCCUUGAGGCCCAGUACUCGCUGCCGCACACCAAAAGUAUAAAAAUCUACAACACAAAAUAUGGGGCUGUGAGCAUUGAUUUUAGAAGGAUUGCAGUGUAUGGAAAGAAUGUGAGAGUGAGGCGUUUGGAUGACGGUAACACUGUGUGGGCGUGGUACUGCUUACUGCGACGUAAGUGGAUCAAGUAUGGAGAAAAAAAUUCAGCAGGCGACCCCUGUCCAGUGAAGAGCUCUGACAUAGAGAAGAGGUUCCAGAGUAACCCAUCAGGCUCUUUCUCAUUCAGUAUCGGCGGUCAAACAGUGGAGAUUAGAUUCAGAGGUAUGUUUCAAGUUGGUCAAAGCAAAAAGAGGAAAGUCGCUCGACGGCCGCUGUUCAGAAACCAGCAGAUGACCAAACAAUCUGGCCAAGCAGCCUCAUUGCUUUCCAGGCCUAAUUUGGGCUCCAAGCCACAGUGGGAAUUCAAAGGAGACUCAGGAAAAUGGCACAUUUUCAAAUCUAGGGCAGGCUCUACUGCAUGCUCCAUAAGCAGUGAUGACAUUGAAAGAAGGUACCAGCAAAAUCCUAGAGACCGCAUGAACUUCAGAGUACAGGGACAAGAUUACCAGCUGGACUUAGGAGCAAUGACUCAGACCAACCUCAACACUAUGCGUACUCGCAAGAUCCAGCGUGUGUUGGUAUGAGAAGAAAGACGAAUUUUGUUGAAGGUUUCAUAACAAAUGUUUGGAUUAUUAUUUAGAUGAAAGUUCAGGCUGGACGGUUCAGGCUUACGUUAAUUUCUCAUAAUGCACAUUAUCCCUUACAGAAUACAGUUCAACAUAACCGUUGGCUUUGAUGUUUAUGUGAGCUCAACAAAUUGCCUCUAAAGAUAUGUUUGAAUCUCUGAAUGGUAAAGAGAAUUGUGCACUUAUGUUUAAAGGUGCUGAAGGUGUUUUUAUUUUUAAAUCCAAGAAAAAAAUUACCAACAUAUAUGAAAUUGUUUACAGAAGUGUGUAAGCCAUCCUGGUUAUGUCCGAAUUCCCUCACUGUUUAGUGCAUUAUAUAGGGCGUUUUUGCCUUUUUAUGUUGUACCGUAUCUACAAUUCCAAAAUCCAGUGCCCAAGAAAUUUCCCAUAAGUCUCUGCGAAAGUCUGGUGAGCAUUGAUGCUCAGUAGAUUGGAGAAUAUAGACCAUAAUGCAUAGUUUGAAGGAUUUGUCACUUGAAAAAUAUUUGUUUACUUUAAUUUUUUUCAUAAAUUAUCCAGGUUUUGAUCAUCAGAACACAGUAGAUUCAUAAAUAGUCUUUAUAAAAUGUUU